UCAUGAUCAGACUGCGCGGAUGCGCAGGCUGGUCUGGAUCCAUGCUGGUCGCAAACCCAUUAUUAGCUCGACUAUUCGAUAAGAAUAAGUAGAGCUAUUGCAGUCACCCGAGCGUCGGCGUCGGCGUAACCACUUAUGUUAAAGUUUUUGUAAUAGUUCAAAUAUUUUCAAAGUCCAUUGACAUAUGGCUUUGAAACUUUGCACACUUGUUCACCAUCAUGACCCCAACCUGUAGACAGGAGGAGGUAACUCUAUCAAGCAUUUUGACAGAAUUAUGCCCCUUUUUCGACUUAGAAUUUACGUUAAAGUUUUUGUAAUAGUUCAAAUAUUUUCAAAGUCCAUAGACAUAUGGCUUUGAAACUUUGCACACUUGUUCAACAUCAUGACCCCAACCUGUAGACAGCAGGAGGUAACUCUAUUAAGCAUUUUGACAGAAUUAUGCCCCUUUUUUGACUUAGAAUUUACGUUAAAGUUUUUGUAAUAGUUCAAAUAUUUUCAAAGUCCAUUGACAUAUGGCUUUGAAACUUUGCACACUUGUUCAACAUCAUGACCCCAACCUGUAAACAGGAGGAGGUAACUCUAUCAAGCAUUUUGACAGAAUUAUGCCCCUUUUUCGACUUAGAAUUUACGUUAAAGUUUUUGUAAUAGUUCAAAUAUUUUCAAAGUCCAUUGACAUAUGGCUUUGAAACUUUGCACACUUGUUCACCAUCAUGACCCCAACCUGUCAACAGGAGGAGGUAACUGUAUCAGGCAUUUUUUUUACUAUCAAGCACUAAGAAUAGUCGAGCAUGCUGUCCUACCGACAGCUCUUGUGUUGGUUUUGUCAUGGCGCGGCAAAUAUAUACAUGUACUAAAUAUUUUAAAUGUCUACAGAGGAUGCCUGUAUGACUUCACCAUGUAAGAAUGGUGGUGAAUGCUGGAUCAAAGAUGGUCAGUCUGUCUGCCAGUGUCAGUCUGGAUUCAUGGGUGAUUAUUGUGAAAAUGCCGAGGAUUAUGAUUGUACUGUUUCACCAUGUUUAAAUGGGGGAUACUGUCAGCUAGGAACUUGUCUUUGUCAAGCUGGAUACGUCGGCAAAUCUUGCCAGGAAGAAGAUCCUUGCUCUGCUCAUCCGUGCCGGAACAAUGGAACUUGUACAAGGUUUUCUCAGGGUGAUAGGGGCUAUGUGUGUGCGUGUAAACCACCAUAUAGAGGCACACAUUGUGAAGUGAGCUAUGAUGCUUGUGCCUCGAGGGUCCCUCCGUGUCUAAAUGGAGGGCAGUGUUAUAUAAAGCCGGAGGAUAUAUAUAGUCCACUUUGUACAUGUCUGGAAGGAUUCACAGGCAGUCGUUGUGAAACCAUUGUUGUAGAAUAA